UACCUUAUCUGCUGCUUAAAAAGUGCAUAUUAUCUUGGUAAUUGUUACUGAACCUGUACCUUGUCUGCAGCAUAAUAGGUGCAUAUUAAGUUGGCAGUUGUUAUUAUCUUUAACAUAAGAUACUUUGAAGCGGGCAGUCCUGCCAUGUAGUCCAGCGGACUUGGUUUUGUUAUGUGCAAUGAUGACGCUAUAUUUUAUAAUUCUAUUAAUAUUCAUGGCAUUUUGUGACGCUGCUAACAUAUUAUAUGCAGUGCCUUUUACUUCUAAAUCCCAUGAUACAUUUCUUCGACCGAUCGGAGUGGAAUUGGCUCGACGAGGUCACAAUGUGACCGUCCUUACUGCGUUCGAGGUCUCUGACCCACCACCGAAUUACCACCAAAUUGUCAUCGAAAAGAAGGAGCUGUGGGAAAUGUUAGGUAUCGAAAGGCCAAAUGUGUUUACCACGAUUGAUAUGCGAGCGACAGAGUUUAUGGACAAAAUUCUAUGGGACGGAGGAAUUGCGUUUACAGACUAUCUACUUAGUACGCCUCAGAUGCAGGAUUUCUUGGGCAGAGAUAAUAAAUUUGAUUUAAUCGUCAGCGAGGUUUUCCUGGUAGAAGCGUUGUAUAUGUUAUCACAUAAGUACAAUGCACCUCUUGUUCUCAUCACAGCGUUUGGAAAUUUCAUGAAACAUAAUGUUAUUGUGGGAAAUCCUCUUCAGCUUGCGACGAUUCUUUACGAAUUCGUCCCUAUAGAGGACCCAACCAGUUUUUUAGGAAGACUGAAUAACUUAUACAUAUCCGUUUAUGAUUAUGUAACUUGGCGAUACUCGUAUCUGGAGAAGCAAGAAAUGUUGGUGAAAAGGUAUAUACCAGAUUUGCCACAGCCGGUUCCAAGUUUGUAUGAACUGCAGAAAAAUUCUUCUUUAUUGCUUAUAAACAGCCAUUUUAGCUUCGAUACUCCUAUGGCCUAUUUGCCGAAUAUCAUUGAAAUUGGCGGGAUCCAUGCUGAUUGGUACAAUGAAACGCUUCCUAAGGAACUAGAGAAAAUCUUAAAUGAAUCCCGCAACGGAGUAGUUUACGUAAACUUCGGUUCUAAUGUGAGGAGUUCAGAAUUGCCAGAAAACAAGAAGAGGGCGUUCCUCAAUGUUUUUAAAAGACUGAAACAUACAGUUCUCUGGAAAUGGGAGGACGACAACAUGCCAGAUAAGCCACCAAAUGUCAUCAUUAGAAAAUGGUUUCCGCAGCGGAAAAUCCUGGCACAUCCAAAUGUAAAAUUAUUCAUCGGUCACGGUGGUCUUAUGAGUACGCAAGAAGCCAUCUAUCAUGGAGUGCCAGUAGCCGGUAUGCCAAUAUACGCUGACCAAUAUAACAACUUACUUCUCGUCGAACAGGCGGGAUUCGGACUUAUCUUGAAAUAUGAAAACAUUGAAGAAACUACAUUACACAACACUAUAAAUACCAUUCUGAGUAACGACGUAUAUCUUAGGAAAGCGAAGGAGGUAUCCAGGCGAUUUAAGGAUAGACCGAUGAGUGCUUUGGAUACGGCAAUUUUCUGGAUAGAAUAUGUCAUACGAAAUGAGGGGGCGGAUUAUAUGAAAAGCCCAACAGUUAAUAUGCAUUGGAUUGUGUAUAAUAUGCUAGAUGUUUACGCAUUUCUCGUCUUCAUUUGUAUUAUAUUGGUGUACAUUAGUUUUAAAAUAGUGAAUGCACUAAUCAAAAUAGCCUGGUGCGAAUUACGAAAAGGAGAGCAUAAGAAAAAUGUUUAAUGAUACAUUACUAAUUAAAUUAUAUUUGAUACAACUACGUGUUAAUUGCAAAGAAAAAUGAAACAAUCGUUAUUCCUUUAUAAGACUAGAAUUUAUAAAUAAAUAUUAAGCUACAACUAAUAACAAGAUAUAGUAAUUGUAAUUGUUAUUAGGUAAUUACGUCAUAUUCGACUCAUCAUGGGAAAUCUUUGUGGAAAU